AUGCAAUUUGCUUAUGUUCAAAAAAAGAGACUUGAGGUACCAAGAGUCCCAGGACAUCCUGUUGAUACUAUACGACUUAAUGAACUAAGGUCAAGAGUUGAAGUGUUAGUUGGAGUAUCAAAUUUCCCUGGUGCGCAACCAACUAGUUUCUAUUCCAAGCAUAUACAGGAAUUGCAAAAUGAAGAUUAUUAUGUUUGUGAGCAAUCGGACGGAACGCGUGUAUUAGCUUAUAUUACAUGUGAUAGUCCUGGAAAACCAGCCGUUUUUUUGAUAAUACAGAUCGAUCGCAAAAAUUACUAUCACCUAAUACCAAAUUUAAUGUUUCCUGUUCCUGGUGACGAAAGCUUUUCACGAUUUCAUUAUGAAACGUUAUUAGAUUGUGAAUUAGUUUAUGAAACCGAAAGCGAUGGGCGUAUUACGCCAAAGCUCUUGGUUUUUGAUUUGUUAGUAAUGGAUAAAACGAACUACAUGAAUAAGCCUCUAAACAAAAGAUUGGGUUAUCUUCGUGAUUAUAUUAUGAGCCCCUAUAAAAAAAUGCUGCGUAAACGUCCGGACCUUGCGAUUAUUCAACCAUUUAAUGUAGGAAAUAAAGAAAUGGAACGUUCUUAUGGAUUAGAAAAAGUUUUAAAACAAAUUAUACCAUCUUUAAAGCACAACUGCGAUGGGCUAAUUUUUACAUCAUCAACAUCGGGUUAUUCGGCAGGGAAAAUAUUAAAAUGGAAACCACCAAAUGAAAAUUCUAUUGACCUUAAAUUAAGUUUCGAUUUUAAACGCCAUAACAAGAAUAAUAAACCAAGAUUUUGUCUUUAUAAAUGGAUGGAUGUUCAUAGAUAUUUUGAUAAUAUGUAUGUUACCGAUGAAGAGUGGGAGCAAUUUUGGAAACAUGACUUUCAACAAUUUGAAGGACGUAUUGUUGAAGUAGUUUAUAACCCUUCAAUUCAUCCACCAUGGAGAUUUAAAAGGUUUCGUGAUGAUCAACCACGCGCAAAUAAUCAUACUGUAAUUGAAAAAAUAGAACAAAGUGUAUUUGAUGGGAUCACUGAAGAACAGGCACAUAUUUUUUUCUAUUUUAAAUUAUUACAAACGAUAAACAUUUUAACAUGA